ACCCGAACAACGAUGACUAUUCUUACACUCAUUCUUCUUCUCUCGACCCUUUUAGUCAAAUCAUCAGAUGCCCAGAAUUCAGCUCAAGAUUACAUUAAUAACCACAACUCAGCCAGAUCAGCCGUCGGCGUCGGAAACAUGGUAUGGAACACAACUCUAGCCGCCUACGCUCAAACAUACGCGAACUCGAGGAAAGGAGAUUGCCAAUUGGUGCAUUCGAACGGGCCGUAUGGCGAGAACCUUGCAAAGGGCAACAAUGGAUUCACUGGCACAGCUGCAGUGAAGCUAUGGGUUGAUGAAAAGCCUUACUAUAGUUACAACACUAAUGCAUGUGCUGGAGGUGAGUGUCUUCAUUACACGCAGGUUGUUUGGCAAAGCUCUUAUCGUGUUGGGUGUGCGAGAGUUCAAUGCAACAAUGGCUGGUGGUUUGUGUCUUGCAAUUAUGAUCCUCCAGGCAAUUGGGAUGGCGAGUGGCCUUAUUAAGUAUGCUAAUGAUAAUAAUAAUAAUGAAGUUCGUAUAUGCUUUUGUUCUUGAAAAUAAAUGGUGCUUGAGA